GUUUUAAGACCCCUCUCGCUGCCGCCGUAUAUCAAAUUAACACAGCCUCCGCGGCCGCCAUUGUCAAGUUCUCGAGAGCCCGGGUUCCGCCGCCGACAUGCCUCUCCCGAAUGAUAUCGAUCUCCUAAAUCCUCCAGUCGAGCUUGAGAAGAGGAGGCACAAGCUCAAACGUCUCGUUCAGUCGCCCAACUCCUUCUUCAUGGAUGUCAAGUGUCAAGGCUGCUUCAACAUAACUACUGUCUUUAGCCACUCGCAGACCGUUGUAGUGUGUGGAAACUGCCAGACCGUUCUCUGCCAGCCGACUGGAGGGCGUGCCAGGCUCACUGAAGGAUGCUCCUUCAGGCGCAAGGGAGACUGAGCAUUGUUUUCAUCCUUACUCAGUUCAUCGUCAUCCGUGAUUCCCAAGGAUCCAGUGAUUCAUAUCUUAGGGUUAUUCAAUGGUCUUUUAAGAGACAUGGUUUUGUUGUUCCGAUAUACCUUUUUUAUUGCAUCUUUUGUUGAUCUAUGGAUAAUUUAAUGAAAUUAUUAUCUUAAUUAUCAAA